AGAGGAAGGACAUAUCUGAACGGCAUCCCCUCAACAUCGGCAUUGGCCCCUCCUGAUGUGAACAAUGAAACACCUCCACCGUAUCCCGGCGAUUGUGGGGAACAUGUGCUGCUCAAUUACAUGGAGUCUGUCAAAGGUGUUGAUGGUACCGUUGUGGACAAGAUGAGUCUAGAGGUAGAGUAA